AUGACGGAUUAUUUCUGCGACUGCUUCGCUGGGUACUACGCCACGAGCUUCUUUCCCAAGGUGUGCGAGAUCUGCCCUCCCGACCACUACUGCAACAACCAGCAGAUGUACAGCUGCCCGACAGGGUCGUUCAGCGUCGCAGGGCAGGGUUCCAAGUACGGAUGCAUGUGCAAGCCAGGGAAUUACUUUGUCAACGAUACCGCCUUCUGCUACGAGUGCCCGUACGACUUCUUCUGCGGUGGCGGGUACACCGAGAUGCAUCCCUGCCCCAACGGCACGUACUCGAAGAGGGGCAUCUCGAAGGUGAGCGAGUGCGCCUGCAAGCCAGGGACCUAUCUGCUGCCCAACGGGGAGUGCUACCCGUGCCCGGAGAACUACUACUGCGCUGGGUCCAUCGACCCCGCCGUGAGGUAG